CUACAGCGGGAGUCAACGUACGUUUUAUGCAGCAUGGCUGAAAACUGUUCCACUUUGAUUGGCGUGAUUGUUGAUGUGUCUGGUUCGAUGAAACGCAAUAUCGGAGAUGGAGUUCACGAAGAAGGAGGAGAAUGGAUCCAAUCUCUCUUUCGAGUUAUUGACAGCUUAAUCACACAUGAUGUUUCAGACUCCAACCACAUGUUUGCAAUCGGGAUGGGAGCGAACAACCCACGCACAAUUUUUGACGUUCUACGCACAAUUGAAGAUUUUAAAAAUAUCAAAACUAAUCAAACCCGCCUUAAUCAUGCAAGCACUAUUGACAGUAUUUUGACAAUUUUAGAAAGUGCAGGGGCAUGUGCAGUAAGAAAAUGGGCCUCGGCGAGUGCUAUUGGUGAAAAGGUAUCGCAUGACGAUGCGAAGAAGUUGUUGUAUUACGUGAAAUCCAGGCCAGGUUUUGCAAAGGGUGUUGUUAACAGUUGCCUUCCAAAUGCGUGCAAAGGAAUCGAAAAUAAUUCUCCAGAGUUCGUAGGGUAUAUUCCUUUUGCCCAUCUACUAUUACGCUCGGGAGAAUCAGCUGUGAGCACCUUUCGCCCUGCCGGUGAGAAAGAAAUAAAAGAUGCUAUAGAAAAGGCAAAGUCUCUUCUAGAGGAGGAUUUCUUGAUCAGGGAAGUAGAUGUUCAAUCAUCUAUAUUUACUGUUAAAGAAGCAUGGGGCAUUCUCCGUGGAAGCGUCGAUAAAGAUAAACUCACAAACCAGCGAGUCCAGGAAUUGAUGGAUGACGUCAGACCUUUCAUAUAUGGCGGAUCGACACCUUUUUAUGAAUCACUGGAAAUGGCUUUGCAACUUUUCACCUUUUCUCCAAAAUUCAAAUAUCAUAAGAAGCUUCUACUUGUGAUAUCAGACGGAUACCCUACAGAUGACCCCUUUUUCACUAAAAAAGAUCUUUUGAUCGCGAAGUUUAGGGAAACAGAUAUUACUAUAGUGUCCUGUUUCAUCACUAGAUUACAUGAUGAUGUCGAGCCAAAAAGAUUGUUUAGCAAAGAUUACCAUUGGGAGGACGGUGCCAAGCUUUUGUUCGAAUUGAGCUCUAAGAUUCCAGCAGACUUAGUGCCUCGCACUAUUUUCGUCAAGCGUGGAUGGAAGAUCGAUAUCACCAACAAUGAAACCAAAUUGUUUCUUCAAGUAAAUCAUCCUGUUUUCUUGAAAGAUGUCUGCGAUUUGGCACGUAAUGUAGUAUGCUGUCAAGAUGCUCUGGCAGAUGCUUUGACUUCAGUUUCACUAGAUAUUUACAUCAACCAAAGCAGAAAUGAUUUUGGCGCCAAAAAACAAGAAGGAGGCACUAGCUAUGCAAAUGCAUCAGCUGCUGUACUCUAUCUCUCCAUGAAGCGUAUACUCGGACGACAAGGUGGUUAUCCAGAAUUCAAUGAUUUGCGGCAAGAGCUAAUUGAUGAAUAUGGUGAAGAUGGAGCA